CUGGUGUUGGCAUCUAGUAGAGUUCAGUUGUUCAUGCUGACAACUUCAAGCAUCAGACCAUGUACAGAGUGAAAAUAGGGUCCUUAACCAUGUGUGGUGUUCAUCUUAUCAUCUUAGAGACUUCAGAUUUCUCUGCUGUUAAUGCUUCUGGUAACAUCGGAUCUCAAUGUUGAAGGUAAAAGAAAAGUUCACAAGGAAUUGAGAUUGAGAGCGGUUUCAGAUGGGUAACACUUGUGUAGGACCAAGUAUUUCUAAGAAUGGAUUUUUUCAAUCAGUUUCAGCCGCAAUGUGGCGAUCCCGAUUACCUUCCGAUGGAGAUAUUUCUCAUCGUACUGACAAAGAAGUCAUCAGUGACGCACAAUCUGAAGGGAAAGAGCUUGAAAUUCCUCCCCCUGUUCCAAACCAACCCCCUGAACCAAUGAAGAUCCCCAAACAGGAAACCAAGCCAGCAGCUCCUCCAGCAGAGCCUGUCAAACCCAAGAAGCCCCAUCAUAGAAGAACAGAGAGUGCUGGGCUCCAGGUAGAUAAGGUGUUACAGACAAAAACUGGACAUUUAAAGGAUUUCUACACCUUGGGGCGUAAGCUUGGACAAGGACAGUUUGGGACAACUUAUCUAUGUGUGGAGAAAGCAACAGGAAAAGAGUAUGCUUGCAAAUCAAUUGCGAAAAGGAAACUGAUAACAGAAGAGGAUGUAGAGGAUGUGAGACGGGAAAUUCAGAUAAUGCACCACUUGGCAGGCAAUCCCAACGUUAUCUCCAUCAAAGGAGCUUAUGAGGAUGGUGUUGCUGUUCAUGUUAUCAUGGAAUUGUGUGCAGGAGGUGAAUUAUUUGAUCGGAUCGUUCAGAAGGGUCAUUUUACAGAGAGGAAGGCUGCUGAACUUGCUAGGAUUAUAGUUGGUGUGGUGCAAGCUUGCCAUUCUAUGGGAGUCAUGCAUCGAGACCUUAAGCCUGAGAAUUUUCUCUUUGUAAGUCAUGAGGAGGAUUCUCCUCUUAAGACAAUUGACUUUGGAUUGUCUGUAUUCUUCAAGCCAGGGGAAAUUUUUAGCGAUGUGGUUGGCAGCCCUUACUAUGUUGCCCCAGAAGUUCUGCGAAAGCGUUAUGGUCCAGAAGUUGAUGUUUGGAGUGCUGGGGUGAUCAUCUACAUUCUGUUAAGUGGGGUCCCUCCAUUUUGGGAUGAAACCGAGCAAGGGAUAUUUGAACAGGUCCUGCAUGGCCAUCUUGACUUUUCAUCAGACCCCUGGCCUAGCAUCUCAGAAAGUGCAAAAGAUUUAAUUCGGAAAAUGCUUGUUAGAGACCCAAAAAAGCGGCUAACUGCUCAUCAAGUUCUUUGCCACCCUUGGGUCCAAGUUGAUGGUGUGGCCCCUGAUAAGCCUCUUGAUUCAGCAGUUCUCACACGAUUAAAGCACUUUUCAGCCAUGAACAAACUGAAGAAAAUGGCACUGAGAGUCAUUGCAGAGAGCCUCUCAGAAGAAGAGAUUGCUGGCCUAAAAGAAAUGUUCAAGAUGAUAGACACAGAUAAUAGUGGCCAAAUCACUUUCGAAGAACUCAAGGCUGGAUUGAAGAGGGUUGGUGCAAAUCUGACAGAGUCCGAAAUACAUGAUCUAAUGCAAUCAGCAGACGUGGACAAUAGUGGGACCAUUGAUUAUGGGGAGUUCAUAGCUGCAACGUUACAUCUAAACAAAAUUGACAGGGAAGAUCAUCUAUUUGCUGCUUUCUCUUACUUUGACAAAGAUGGUAGUGGUUAUAUCACCCAAGAUGAGCUUCAACAAGCUUGUGAGGAAUUUGGCAUAGAGGAUGCUCAGUUGGAAGAUAUGAUCCGAGAAGUAGAUCAGGACAAUGAUGGAACAAUAGAUUACAACGAGUUUGUGGCCAUGAUGCAAAAGGGAAAUGUAGUAGGAAAUGCUGGCUUCAAUAAGAAAGGCGUAGAAGAUACUUUCAGCAUUGGAUUUAGGGAUGCUCUGAAGCUUGGUUGACAUAUAUAGCAGUGAGGGGUUUUUUUCCCUUCCCCACCCCCCUUAUUUUAUUGUAGAUUUGAUAUCAACUACAAUUUGUAAAGAUCAGCUGUUGCGAAUAGAAAGAGCAAGCAUGCUCCUUUUAGAGCUCACAUGUCAAACUUAUUCAUAGUUUCUGUUGUAAUGAAUUUUGCAUUUUUAAUAGGAUGCAGAUGCUCCUCUCUCUUGUAUACUAUGCAGGAAUAUAAAUUUUCCAUUUAUUUUCUCUU